ACGUACCUUCCAUAGGUCUGUGAGGCUGCCUGCCGAAAGGUCGAGUUGAAGGUUUGAUCCGAGAAAUCAGCCAAUUCAGAACAUUCAACGUCAGAAGCACACCUUGAGCUUAUCAGAGUGAGCGACCUCGAAUAGUCUAUUCACAGUGCAUCGCAACCACACCACAAGGUCGGCACCUCGCUUUCGUCCCAGGGUGGGAGCAAUCUGGGCUGCGCGUCCCUUGUAGUUUGGCAAAGUGCUUCCUGGUCCCGGAUCCAACUCUCUUCUCCCACCUUCCCUCCAUCCCAGAACCUUCUUCCGCCCCGCGACGCGCCAUGACCGACAUCGCCGAGUUUUGGUCCUUCCCCACCAACCCUGCCGAGUUCGACUUGGACGACCGUAUUUCCUUUUCCAAGCUCGACAACAAGCACAUCGCGGUCCAGGAGGAUGGCGCAGAGUACGAGUGGGACGGCGGCCUCAAGCGGUGGAUCCCCGUCCUGGACGAUGCGCUGAUCGAGGAGCACCAGGCCGCCUACGGGCACGUGUCCGACGCCAACGACAGCCCGGCCGGCCCCCCUGCCGGCGGUGCCCGUAAGAGGAAGCACGACGACACGACGGCGGGGGGCGCCUCCAACAGCAACGGCGGGAGGAGGGGCGGCCCCAAGCGCCACGCCGCCUCGGCCGCCCCGCCCGCGCCGCGCCAGAACACGGCCGUGUACGUGACGGGCCUGCCGCCUGACGCUACCCUGGACGAGAUCGCCGAGCUCUUCUCGCGCAAGUGCGGCGUCAUUGCCGAGGAGAUCGACGGGAACCGCCCGCGCAUCAAGAUGUACACGGACGCCGACGGCAACUUCAAGGGCGACGCCCUCAUAGUCUUCUUCAAGCCCCAGUCGGUCGACAUGGCCAUCAUGCUGCUCGACGACACCGACUUCCGCUUCACCAGCUCAGGCCCCCCCGCCCCGAGGAUGCGCGUGCAGCCGGCCGACUCGAGCUACAAGAAGACGAACUACGAUCAGCGCGACGAGAAGCAAGACGGCGGAGACGCGCCUGCCGCCGCCGCCGCCGCCGCCGCCGCCACGGCCGGCAAGGACGGGGCGGGCAGCAGACCGCAGCGCAACGCGGGCGACAAGCAAAAGAUCAUCAAGAAGACCCAGAAGCUGGACGCGAAGCUUGCCGACUGGGACGACGACAACCCUUACCCGCACCUCGCCGCGGCGCUGCCGCCCGUCGACGAGGGCCGGGCCCCCACGUCUCGCAAGGCGGACCGCACCGUCAUCCUGAAGCACAUGUUUACACUCCAGGAGCUCGACGACGACCCCGCGGCCCUGCUCGACAUCAAGGAGGACAUCCGCGACGAGUGCGAGAAGCUCGGCGACGUGACAAACAUUGUGCUCUUCGACCAGGAGGCCGAGGGCAUCGUCAGCGUCAGGUUCCGCCAGCAGCAGGCCGCCGAGACUUGUAUCAAGCUCAUGCACGGGCGCAGCUUCGACGGUCGUACAGUUGAGGCUUCAUAUUCCACCGGCAAGGAGAAGUUCAGGAAGUCCAAAGACAGGGGAGACGAUCUCGACGAGGAUGACGAGUAGUUUGGCCUCUCACGGGAGGUGUAAAUCAUGGCAUGUUCUUCUUUUUGCUUGGUUUUGGUGCCCAGAGGUCUAUAUCCUCUGCUUCCGAAUGUAUGAUAUAUGAUAGGAGGGACUGCUAGGGCAGAUCACCUAGUAGACGAGGAAUAUGCGCCUGCAAAGCGCGCAACACUGUUUGUGUAGGAACUCACUGAGUGCCCCCGAUCUCCCAUCAUCAUUAUCUCUCCUCCUUG